AACAUUGACCAUUACGAUAAGGAGGCAACUUGGAGUGAAACAUGGGCCGCCGACCACUACCUAUUAUUCGCAUUCACUUCAAGUCGAAAGUUCUACACACCAAGACCCCCAUGCUAGAAAACAACGUUGCCCUCUGAGGGAAGUGAUACUGAUAUCUUAUCUCACAUCGUUAAUCAGUUAUAGUCGACGCUAUUCCAAAAAGUAUCCCUUCCCCUGAAUUCAUUGUCUCCAUGGGUUGGCCGCUAGGGGGGAUUUUAAGGGUCUAGAUGCCCCGCAGCGGCCAAUCGACAGCUAGCAAACCGUCGCAGGGCUGCGAGGCCAGAUAAAUUUGUUCGACACCCAAUACCAACGCCAACCUCUUUCUUGUCCGCUCCGCCCUUGCGUCUUGUCUGUCGUCGAUACUGCGCUUCAGUCCCUCGAUAAGCGCAUAUCCAGAUCGUUACACUUGACGACAAUCAGUGAAGACCGCAACAUGCGUGGAUAGUCUUUACAGCGGCACCUCUUUUCCUUCUGUUCUGGCAUCAGUCUUUUGCGCAUAACUACCCAAGAGUCAAUUGACAUCGCAUCAACCAUGGGAGGGGUACUAUUACUUCUAGGCCUAUGCCUAGUCAUGGCUUUGGCCUCAUUCCUCGCCGGAGCGCUGCCCCUUUCAAUGUCGCUUUCGCAAUCACAACUUCGAUUACUCUCGAGCGUCGGUGUUGGAAUAUUGGUCGGGACUUCACUUAUAGUCAUUAUCCCCGAAGGAAUCGAAGCUGCAACCGCGCCUGCGGAGGCUGCUCACAUGCAUCGAGUUCGAAGCCUGGUGCGCCGAACCCCUUGGAGCCAUGCCGUACUCACACGUGGACUCCCUGAGUCAAUUGUCACAAUAAGUACCGGCUCAAUCGAGAAACGAAAUGACGAGUUGGAUACCGAAGCGCUUGUCCGUCGCAUUAUAAAUGCAGCAGCGGGGAAUGGUCGAGUCAAGCGCGCCGAUAUUGAGGCCGCCGUUGAAGCGACAGGUGAUGAUACUCCAGCCAUCCCAGGAGCCGGCGAUACCACAAAGGAUAGCACUACCGACAACAAGGGACCAGAAAAGGCGGAGAGUGGAAAGGAUGGCCAACAGAGCCAUGACGGGGACCAUGAGGCGGAGCAUGAUCAUGAUCAUGAGCAUGAACAGGAGCAUGAGAAAGAGGAAGCGCAUGAGCACGAGCACGAACAUGCCGUUCCCACAUUCGAAAUUGGCUUCUCGUUGACUCUGGGUUUUCUGUUAAUGUUCCUGAUUGAUCGACUUCCGCGCCAUGCGACAGAGAGUCUUCAUUCUGCACCCCAGACCCGCCAUAUCAGCCUCGACAACCUCAACGGUGAUUCCGCCUCGGUUGACGAAGAGGCGGAUGGGUUCCUGGGAUCCCUGACACCUACUCCGCGACGAGCGCGCAGCCUGGCAACGACCACUGGACUGGUUAUCCACGCCGCCGCCGACGGAAUUGCAAUGGGUGCCUCGUCGACCACUUCAGAUAUGAAGCUUGGCUUCAUUAUCUUUGCGGCCAUUAUGAUUCACAAGGCUCCUGCCGCCUUUGGCCUUACUUCACUUCUCCUCAAGCAGGGUCUAUCGAAGCGAGCUGCUCGAGGACAUCUUAUUGUAUUCAGUUUGGCCGCACCCUUUGGUGCGUUGACAACAUGGACAUUGAUCACUCUGUUAGGUGGUGGUAAGGUUGAGAGUGAUCACUGGUGGACCGGCAUGCUACUCCUCUUCUCUGGUGGCACGUUUUUAUAUGUUGCUAUGCAUGCGAUGCAAGAGGAUACUACCCCCCAUACUCAUGACCACGGCAUCAACGGCUAUGCAGACAGUAGUGCCGCAGCCCAGCGGAAACUAAAGGGACCGCAGAUGCGCGAUACAUUGGCCACCAUGGGUGGUAUGCUGGUGCCACUUCUUACACAGUUUGGCCACCACCACUAAGUCGCAAGCACUUCAUUUGUCUUGUAUUCCCCUGCUGCGCAUGUUGAGAUUUUGGGACGGUAUGUGGUGGAAUACAACAGCCAUAGACAGAGUUUGGGAUGACAUGACGCUUUUCAAGAUUUCUUUCUGUUUCGGAGCCGGCGAGCUCACUUUCGCUGCGUGGGAAGGGACCAGAAUAGACUCAUGAGCGAUUUUCACGGCGACAAAAGCCGGGAUGGUGGAAAGGAAUUUAUAGGGACAGCAUGGGACAUUUACGGUUCCUUGGGUUGCAAUAGCCGCACAAAUAGUACUCUUGAGAUAUGUUACAGGCGUUCUUGACUGCGGCUGCACAGCAUCGCUAUCACAUGCCUCAAGGCCAAAUUCUCUAUACAAGACUGUAUCUUUGUGUCACUUGAUCACUGCAAGCAACUCCGGAUAUAUCAGAUCGCAUCUGGUUUCAACGUAACCCAGCCGCAGCCAAAAGGAGAUAUGCCAAUGGUGGUUUUGGUUGUGGAUUCAUCUGGUUCAACCUAGGUUUCAAAGAGGAGCUUUAUAAAACCAACUGAGCUCUAGGCAGGGAUACAAGGACAAAGCUGCUUCACACAUAGUCACAGAAGCAACAAAAUGGCCUGA